GGCAAGGUUAGUCUCGAAGAAAGAGUCUUGUUUCUGUUGUUGUUGCUUUGUUUGACCUUUGCAAGUUAAGUUUCUGUUUUCUUUUCUUCAUCCUUCUGACCAAAGUUCACGCUCAAGGGCCAAUCGCAUUUAUGGUAUCAAAUUUCGCAUUGGAGAAGUAGGGCAGCCUUCAAAACAUUGAGCUUGCUAGCUGAAUUUUAUGGAAAACCACAGCAUGGCGACUGCAACUCCGGAAAACAAAGAUAGCUUUGCUACUUCCGGAAAUGCCGAUGAUAAGCAGAGCAAGGCAUUUGUCAAUGAUAACGAAAAGGGUGGAAUUAAGACGAUGCCCUUCAUCUUACUAAACGAGAUAUGCGAGAAAUUGGCAAUGGUGGGCUUCAGUAAAAACAUGGUUAACUACUUGACACAGCAGCUUCAUAUGCCCUUAACAAAAGCAGCCAACACCGUGACCAACUUCAAUGGUACCUCGAGCUUGACGCCAUUGCUUGGGGCUUUCAUUGCUGAUUCCUAUGCUGGGAAAUUUUGGACCAUCACUGUCUCAACGGCCAUAUACCUAGCAGGAAUGAUAGUCCUAACACUCUCAGCAGCACUGCCACAGCUACGGCCACCGCCAUGUGCAGGUGACCAAGUUUGCCAAGAAGCCAAUGGGAGUCAAAUGGCUGUUCUCUACCUGUCUCUUCUAUUCGCAGCCUUAGGAUCAGGCGGGAUCCGGCCAUGCGUGGCGGCGUUUGGGGCAGAGCAAUUCGUUGAGGAGGAUUCUACGCAGCCUAAGAAAACGUGGGUUUUCUUUAAUUGGUAUUACUUUGCAUUGGGAGUCUCAAUAUUACUGGCAUCAACUGUGCUUGUGUAUAUUCAAGACAAUGUAGGAUGGACCUGGGGCCUUGGAAUUCCUACCUUAGCCAUGGCUUUGUCCAUAAUUGUAUUCCUCAUUGGUUACCCUCUUUACCGAAAUCUGGAUCCUGCCGGCAGUCCCCAUACUCGUGUCUUACAGGUCUCUGUUGCCGCUUUUAGGAAGAGAAAGAUUCCCUCGAUUUCUGAUCCUAAGUUUUUGUAUGUCAACGAGGAGCUCGAUGCAUCCAUUUCCACAGACGGUCUGCUUCACCAUACAAAGCAACUCAAAUUUCUGGAUAAGGCUGCCAUUGUCACUGAAGAAGAUAGUCUCAAGUCAUCAGAAAAACCCAAUUUCUGGAGACUGAACACUGUCCAUAGAGUUGAAGAAUUAAAAUCUAUAUUGAGGAUGCUACCAAUUUGGGCAGCUGGUAUUCUAUUUGCCACAUCCAAUGCUCAACAGAACACAUUUUCAUUGCAACAAGCCAACACAAUGGAAAGACACCUGACCAAGUCUUUUGUAAUUCCCUCUGCUUCUAUGUCUGUCUUCGGCAUGUUAUCAAUGCUCAUCACUAUAGUCUUAUAUGAUCGCCUAUUGGUUCGUGUUGCACGGAGGAUCACAGGCCUUGAACGGGGCAUAAACUUCUUGCAGCGGAUGGCCAUUGGCUUUUUCAUCGCAAUAAUAGCAACUAUGGUCGCUGGAUUCGUUGAAGUGAAGAGAAAGCAUGCAGCCUCGGCUAGUGGCCUAAUUGACAGCCCCGAAUCUACAAUUCCCAUCUCAGUAUUUUGGCUUGUCCCGCAGUAUAGCCUUCAUGGCAUUGCCGAGGCGUUCAUGGUAAUUGGCCACCUCGAAUUUUUCUAUAACCAAGCUCCCGAGAGCAUGAGGAGCACCGCCACUGCUUUGUUCUGGACAUCCAUAUCCGCUGGGGACUACACAAGCACACUUUUGGUUACGCUAGUCCACAAGUAUUCCGACUGGCUUCCUAAUAGAAACUUGAAUAAGGGGAAGUUGGAGUAUUUCUAUUGGUUGCUCACACUUUUGCAAGCUCUAAACAUUGUAUACUACUUAAUAUGUGCAAAAUUUUAUACUUUCAAGCCUCUCAGCCACAAAACAGAACAUGUUGAGGGGGUUGAACUCACUACCCAGGUUUAACUGCGUCUUUCCCUUAGCAUGAGAAAGGAACAGUCUUAUAUAUAUGUAUUAUAUAAAACUUAAUUAGCUUGUACAAGAAACUUGAAUUAGAUUUUCAAUAAGCAGGUAUAUGCAGGCAACGGUGACCUUGAGCCUUGUUUGUUUGUUUGUCA